GUCGCGGGCACUUCCGCUCCGGGGAAAGGGGAGCGGUUGGCGCGGCGCAUUCCAGCGUAGUUUGUUCCAGUUCCGCGACUUGCGGGCCAUUCCUACUGUCAGGGACUUAAGCUUGGGGCUCGCUGGGACCUGGUGGUCCGGUUAUGGGAAAAGAAACCUCGUCGGAGAGCAAAGAUUUGGAGGGGCGAGGGCGGCGGCUUUUGUUGUGUCAGCGGAGCCUUCUUGGGCUAGGGCUCUCCUCGCGUUUCGGGGCGGGAGGCGGGGGGCAUUGGGACUUGGUUGGGUCGCGUCUCGCCUGGUUUCAGGGUUUCCGGGGCUCUGAGCUCGCCCAGUCCGCCUCCCUGCACUCCAGGCGCGUGGUCACUUUUUUACAGUGCAAGGUUGGCUUGUUAAUCUCCCUGGGCCUCUCCUUGCUGUUCUUUAAAAUGGGGACGUUAGGACCAUCCUUGUAGAAUCGUUUUGGUAACUGGAAUAGGUUACACAACACAAACAGUCCCUGUCACUUGGUGAGUGGUGGUUUCUUGUUAAUUUCCCACGAAACCUGUCAGGUCCCCGGGUGGGGUGAGAGCUCAGCUGCAACGGCCCCAGCCCUUGUCUCUGACCCCUGCAGGACGCUGGACGAUCCCGGACGCCUUCUGACCUCUUUUUAGGAAGGCGAGGGUUGCGUCCACUUCCACGAAGGGAGGGGAGCAUUUAACUUUUCUCGGGGAAAGCGACCCAGUCAGGGUGUUUCAUAGCUUUUUCCUUCCCCCGCCUGAAAAAGGACUGCGCGGACUGACUUCUUGGCUACAGGAAGCAAAGCUCCACUGUUCCAGGCACGAUUCUGCCUUCUCUCAAAUGGCAUAACUCAGGACUCUGCAAAUUUCCAGAAACAGGAGGAAAAAUGACCACAUUCAAGGAGGGACUGACCUUCAAGGAUGUGGCAGUGGUCUUCACUGAGGAGGAGCUGGGGCUGCUGGACCCUGUCCAGAGGAAUCUGUACCGAGAUGUUAUGCUGGAGAACUUCAGGAACCUGCUGUCAGUGGGGCAUCACCCCUUCAAACAUGAUGUAUUCCCUUUAGAAAAGGGAAAAAAGCUUGAUAUGAUGAAGACAGCAACUCAAAGAAAAGGGAAAUCAGCAGACAAGAUCCAAAGUGAGAUGGAGACUGUUCCAGAAGCAGGACAACAUGAAGAGCUUUCCUGGGGGCAAAUCUGGAAACAGAUUGCACGUGAUUUAAUCAAGUAUGAAGACUCUAUGAUAAAUGUUUCUCGGUUCUCCAAACAAGGUGAUUUGUCCUGCCAGGUUAGGGCAGGACUAUAUACAACUCACACGGGACAGAACCUUUACCAAUGUGAUAAGUACAAAAAAUCCUUCGCUGAUGUCUGCAACUUUGAUCUUCAUCAACAAUUACACUCAGGAGAGAAAUCUCAUACAUGUGAUGAGUGUGGAAAAAGCUUCUGUUACAUCUCAGCCCUUCAUAUUCAUCAGAGAGUCCACAUGGGAGAGAAACGCUAUAAGUGUGACGUGUGUGGUAAGGAAUUCAGUCAGAGCUCACAUCUGCAAACUCAUCAGAGAGUCCACACUGUAGAGAAACCAUUCAAAUGUGUGGAAUGUGGGAAAGGCUUCAGUCGUAGAUCAACACUUACUGUGCAUUGCAAAUUACACUCAGGAGAGAAACCUUACAAUUGUGAGGAAUGUGGGAGGGCCUUCAUACAUGCUUCCCAUCUUCAGGAACAUCAGAGAAUCCAUACUGGGGAGAAACCAUUCAAAUGUGAUACAUGUGGUAAGAACUUCCGUCGUAGAUCAGCACUUAAUAAUCAUUGCAUGGUCCACACAGGAGAGAAACCAUACAAAUGUGAGGACUGUGGUAAGUGUUUCACUUGUAGCUCAAACCUUCGUAUCCAUCAAAGGGUCCACACAGGAGAAAAGCCUUACAAAUGUGAAGAAUGUGGUAAGUGCUUUAUUCAGCCAUCACAAUUUCAGGCCCACCAGAGAAUCCACACUGGAGAGAAACCAUAUGUAUGUAAAGUGUGUGGUAAGGGUUUCAUUUACAGUUCAAGUUUUCAGGCCCAUCAGGGAGUCCACACUGGAGAGAAGCCAUACAAAUGCAAUGAAUGUGGGAAGAGCUUCAGAAUGAAAAUUCAUUAUCAAGUGCAUCUGGUAGUCCACACAGGGGAGAAACCCUAUAAAUGUGAAGUAUGUGGGAAAGCCUUCCGUCAGAGUUCAUAUCUUAAAAUCCAUCUGAAAGCACAUAGUGUACAGAAACCUUAUAAGUGUGAGGAGUGUGGGCAGGGCUUCAAUCAGAGCUCACGACUUCAGAUUCACCAGCUGAUCCAUACCGGCGAGAAACCAUACAAAUGUGAAGAGUGUGGAAAGGGAUUUAGUCGUAGAGCAGAUCUUAAAAUUCAUUGUAGGAUCCACACAGGAGAGAAACCAUAUAAUUGUGAGGAGUGUGGGAAGGUCUUCAGUCAGGCCUCGCAUCUUCUAACCCAUCAGAGAGUUCACAGUGGGGAAAAACCAUUUAAAUGUGAAGAGUGUGGGAAGAGCUUCAGUCGGAGUGCACACCUUCAAGCCCAUCAAAAAGUCCACACUGGAGAAAAGCCAUACAAAUGUGGGGAGUGUGGAAAGGGCUUCAAGUGGAGCUUGAACCUUGACAUGCAUCAGAGGGUACACACAGGAGAAAAACCCUAUACAUGUGGGGAGUGUGGUAAGCACUUCAGUCAGGCAUCAAGUCUUCAACUUCAUCAGAGUGUCCACACAGGAGAGAAGCCAUACAAAUGUGAUGUGUGUGGUAAAGUCUUCAGUCGGUCUUCACAACUAAAGUAUCAUAAGCGAGUUCACACUGGGGAGAAACCUUACAAAUGUGAGAUAUGUGGUAAGAGGUUCAGCUGGCGAUCAAAUCUUGUAAGUCAUCACAAAAUUCAUGCUGCUGGUACAUUGUAUGAAAAUGAUGAGAAUAAUAAGAACAUCAGAGAGUUGUCAGAGGAAGGAAUCUCUACAAGGUGAUUAAAAA